AUGGCGGCCUUGGAAGACAAAGCGAUUUGGGAAGAUGGCGAGGUAAUUUUAACUGCAUACGUUUCCGCUGAAGUGCGGUAUAAGUGUCUUAAUAAGCAAUGAAGAGACUUACUAUGUUUCUAAUGACUUACUUUUGCCUUUAUUCGAAGGAAAUGGACGAGGAAGUUCUACGAAUGCAGACAGACGAAAUUGUCAGUCGAGCUCGACUGUUAGACAAUGAAAUUAAGGUAAGAUUUCGUGCGAGUUUGUCAUGUAUUCUUAGUUGCCAUCGCCGGUGACUAAUGUUUUUUUGGCUUUGAAUGUUCAAAAAUCCAAAGCGUGAUGUUGUAAAAGGCCCAGUGUCUUAGUCUUAAGUUUAAAUGACGUUUGAUUUAAAAUUUUUAAUUGUCAUUAGGCUUAUUCCUUUUUUCCAAUCAUCAAACAUACCGUAAACUUCUAAUUAUAAGCCCCCCCCACCCCCCAAGUUAUGGCCCAUUAAUCUGUUAACAAGAAAAUACCUCCAAUUAUAAGCCCGUCUAAAUAUAAGCCUCCCAUCAGCUUCUGUAUUGAAAUGAAUUCGAUUUAUUAUGACGUUUUUAAUGCUUAUAUUAGGGAGCUUAAGCAAAAAUUUUUUUGAUCAACGCCCGUCAACUGGAAGUGAGGCCUUCUUCCUUUUUAUAUGCCUUGACGCUAACAAAUUUGUAUUGCUAAGUUUCUUUUCUCUUAUAAAGACGAUUUACCCGAGAGUUUCAACCAAACCACUCGCCAAUGAUGCAAAAAGUCCACUUUCGGUUGACGUUCGUCGCUCACAAAUGCUUUAGCUUAAGCUCCCUAUUAACAAGAAAACCUUUAAAUGCAAAAGGUAUUUUGAUAAAUGCUGCCAGCUUGUUUGAAAAUGCUUUUUUGAUUCUGGUUAAAAGCCCCCCAAAUAUGUACCCCCCCCCCACCCCCCACCCCCUCUUCAUUUAGAAGCCCUCCUAAAACCCAUUAUGAAGAUGCACAAGCCUAGGGCUUACAAGUGCGAGUUUACAGUAUGCAUUCAUGGUUCCGAAAAGAAAAUGCCUGACAUUCUCAUCCUUAUUUAAUACCGUGUUCACUGAAAGACCAUGUUUCAGGGAACUUGUGAAUAUUUGCUUCUUAAUACAAUGUUUUGGUUUGUAUGUUGUUUCCCCCAUUGAGUAAUCCUUGUUUUACUGCUCAUAAACAGAUAAUGAAAAGUGAAAUAAUGAGGAUUAAUCAUGAGCAACAAGCUAUGAAAGAGAAAAUCAAGGUAACUUUACUUUUAAAUUCCAUUUUCUCUUCCUGUUAUUCUUCAUUAAGAGUCAAAAUUCUUCUAACAACAUUGCAGUAACUUGCUCAAACUUUUCUGUUUAUUCAGGAAAAUGCAGAGAAAAUAAAAGUGAACAAAACGCUGCCAUACCUUGUGUCAAAUGUGAUCGAGGUAAGGUGGCCAUCAGUCAAUGCCUAAAUUACAGCAUUAACACUUCUUUUGCUCACUUGAUUUUUGAUAACAAUUUUGGCACUAAAAGGGUCCAUAAUGUUUCACUUGCCAAGUCUGGUAGCUUUGAAUGUGAUGAAAACGGCAAGUGUCAAUGAACUAUAAAUAUGUGUUAAGCUUAUAUUACACAGCUGUAUUUGUGUUCCCUUCUGGAGGUGGUACAAGUAUUUCCACAUGGUCAUGUGAACCAACAAAGGGCAAACCAUUUCAAGAUAAAGGCAGUUCCUUCUUCCGAAGUACUUUAUUGCCCCAAUUCUUGGUUCAGUCUAAGGGAUCAAAGCUGUACAUGUAGCUCUACAAACCAGCUCUCUACCUACUGAACUUACUCUGAAAGCCUUGUUUAGCAAUAAUUUUAAUUUAUUAACACCAUCUGUCACUCACUCACUUGCCUGAGCAAGUGAAAAACUAGGCGAUUGUGGGAUGUGUUGUUUGUACAGUUUCUCAUCUUGGCAAGUAGUUUCUACCCAAAUAAAGAAGACUAAAUUCAAACUUAGUUUAGCUUUUGAAUCACAGGGUUGAUUAUCGCAUUCAAAUCCAUGCAUGACGUUAUUUACAUGUAUUUACUAAGUCAACCACAGUGCCUAGACUUUAUUACUUGUCUGUCACUGCUGGUUCUUGCCAGUGUAAUUUGAAGUCUAUAGUUCUCAUGUGCAGGUAAGGGACUGGACACUAUUAACUCAGUGAUAGAUGUCUGGUACUAGUUUAUCACAUUGUGUUGGUUUCAUUUUGUCCUCACAUCAUUCUGUGUCGCAGUCAAUUUUCAAUUUGAGUUGCUUAUUAAACUUUGUCACAUGAAAUGGAUGGACUCCUAUCUACCAGUGACAAUAAGAGCAUAUAAAAAUUAUAUUGUGUCUCUAUGUCUUAACCAUUUUAUCUUGGCUAAUACUGAAACUCCUAAUUUGAACCCCUACUCCAGACUGAAAAAUGAAAAUGUGCAAUCACUUUGCUACGUCUAUAUUGUUCCUUUCUUGUUUACCGUACACAUGUACCUGUCCUGUCUCAUGUAAAAAAGGGAAAAACUAGUGUAUGUCAGGCUGAAAAGUGUUUGUUUUUUUGUUUUGCAGCUGCUUGAUGUUGACCCUCAAGACAAUGUAUGUUUAUAUUUGUUUGAUGUUCCUUGCACUCAAUUUAGGAGAUAUAUAGAUCAUAACACAAGGCAAAAUACUGAGAAAUAGUUCAUAAUAAAAAUGUUGUACAAUUUAUUGAUGGAAUGUAAAAAGAAAUUGCUGGAUGGUGUUGUUUGUCUUCCCAGAGUAGUUUUGUGCCUGGAAUAAGGGAGGCAGCAGGUUUUUUAAAAAUAAAAUAUGAGCUACUCUAAUUCCACUAAUUGUAGUGUGCAGAGUGGAUAUAAAUAAUUUUCAUAUAACGUUUUUUAGUGUACUCUGCAGUUUAUUGCUAUUUCCAGUAAUCAAAGUCUUUCUUUUGACCUUCUCUACACAUGCAAGCAUUUCAAUGUUAUUUUAGUGCUCCACUCUUUACAUAAUUAGUUAAAGAACCUUUGACCUGCUUUCAGGCUGAGGAAGAUGGUGCUAAUGUAGACUUGGAUUCACAACGAAAGGGAAAAUGUGCAGUUAUAAAGACAUCCACCAGACAGGUACAAAAUACUUGUUAUCAUCAACAAAUUUAUUUAAAAUGUUUCAGGUUUAUUCUGUCUUGUCUUUGACUGGUACUUAGAAGGCUAAGUACCAGACAUUAUCCAAUGGAAAAGGUAAAAAUGAUAUCCUUUUGUUUACCUUUAUACUCUUCUUUAACAUUUUGUCUUGAACACGCAAUGAGGGUCGCUUCAAGUGCUAUCCUGAUGAGUGAGAUGCUGUUCAAUAUAACUGUUCUAAGGAAUAAUACAUCGUCGCCUAACCUUUUGGCAGCGUGAUGUGGCAUUUACGUUGCGGCUGACAGAGCUGUCAUUUAGGUUAAGAAAGUGACUAAUUUUGGGGAAUUUUGCUAUCUCAACAGUCUUUGUGUUAGAAAAAGUAUUACUUUAGUGUUUAUGAGUUCCUCAAGGGGUAAAUUCACACUUUCAUAUCGAAACUCUGUAACAGAUGUUACUUUUGGUUUCCAGCCACCAUGUUGGUCUCCCUCAGCAUGGCGUCUCCAUACAAAGCUCUAUAAAUUUAGCUAUAACAUUUUCUGAAUCUUGCUUAUGAAACAUUGCACGGACCUGAAUCUUGGCAAGGUCUAAGGUUCAAUAUUUACCUUCUUUCAUUUUCUAGAUUCUGGACUUAAACUACUGAAGUGUUUUGAUUUUGAUUUUUUAUGGUAUGACAGUGACAACCAGCAACACAGUUUAUGUACCAUGUUUUUGUUCUUUUUCUCUUUCUAGACAUAUUUUUUACCUGUAAUUGGUUUGGUGGAACCUGAAAAUUUAACUCCAGGAGACUUAGUGGUAGGAAUAUUUUUACUUGUUAAAGGCAUUAAAGUACAGUGGAACCUCGAUAUAAUGAACCUUGAUAUAACAAACUCCUCGGUAUAACGAAUGAUAUGAAAAAGAACCUCAAUAUAACGAAACUUUGGUAUAGCAAACUCAUUUUGCCAGUCCCUUGGUCCUUCGUUAUGUCUAAGUUCCAUUCUGGAUUCCACUGUAAUGAUGAUUAUUAUAAAUUUUUAUUUGUCUUCACGAUGGUUGAAUAUAGCACAUUACAUGUAUAUCUGUAGUCAAACUGUAAAUUUUGAUUAAUUUGAGAGUAUGUUAAAAGCGGUUCCUUUUUGACUUUGAGAAUAAAAGAAAAUAACCCUUACUACAUCAGGGUUGUCAUUAAGAGGCGGGGGCCGGGGAUUUCCCCCGGCUACUAAGAACGUGGCCCCCGCCUACUUUCAUAGGAAAAUAGAAGAAAAAUAGAACCAAAAGAAAUCCCUAGCUGUUUGAUUCCCCGCCUACUUGUUGUAUUUACCCGGCAACUUGAAAUCUUAGUGACAACCCUGCUACAUGUACAGCAAGUGGAUUUCUUUGAGCAUUUUGAAAUUGUACGAAAAUUUUUACCUAUUGUAUUGAUCAUUUAUAUGGUUCAUUGAUUUUUUUAGGGGGAUUUAUUUGAUACCCUUAAUAGAUACAACAAGUGUAAAGUACUUUUCCUGUUUGUUUUCAGGGAGUUAACAAAGAUUCUUACUUAAUAUUGGAAAAGUUGCCCCCAGAGUAAGUAUUGAGUCAUGAGUACCUAAACUGUAGUCUGCAAAUACAUGUUGGUAAAUUUGUGUAAAAUUCAAUGGCGACAUGUAUGUACAUGUACAUGUACAUGUAUAUGUGAUCAUUAUCACCAGUGACAACCCAUAUCAUACCAAGUGUUCUAAGCGUUGUAACUUCUUUGUGUUUUUUUUUCAGUUUGGUACUACUGCACUGUUUAAAAAGCUUUAGCAUCUAAUAAUUUCUGAUUUUGAAAAUUAACAGGUAUGACUCACGUGUUAAAGCCAUGGAAGUUGAUGAGAGACCCACUGAACAGUAUAGUGACAUAGGAGGACUGGACACACAAAUACAAGAGGUAACAGCAUUGAUGAUGACAUGUUUUAAAAUUUAGUCAACGAAAGUCAACUGUGGACAAUGCAUGUAAUGUUACACAUUGAUAACCAGUUAGCCAGUAAAUUUAUUUUGUUGAUGAUAGUGAUACAACAGUUUUUUAUCCAGAUUGAAGGACCUAUUGAAAGGGUUGUUGAUGAAGAUCUUGCUUUCAAAUCACAUCAUACUACUUGAAGUAGGCUUUUACGUGGCACCAGAGGCAUUACUAUCAUUUAAGAUUGUUAGCUCUGUGAUUCCAGUUGUAGUUCUUGACCAAAGAGAAAAAAGCAUACUUGGCAUGAUCUUGUACAUUUCAAAGCAAAAGUGGUAUUCAAGCCCGAGGAUUUCAAUCUGCAUGGGGAACAGGCACCACUGAGCCUGUGCUAAAUAAAGACGGUGUUAAAUGAAUGAAGAAUGUUGGGACCUGAUUCUAGGUAUCCAUUUUAGGGAGGUGUUCAUCUUGUUGAGAGUUGACUGCAUUGCAGAACUAACCUUUAGACAAUGGCCAGAGGGUUUAAAUUCUAGGUGUGAAGAUGCGACUACAGGUUCUGCAAUUCAAAGGCUAACCCUAACCUUAAACACUCUCCGCUGUAGCCACACCUACACCUGCAAGCACUAUUAAUGCAUGUUUACAGUUUCCACAUUAUGCACUCAGCUUAGGCUGUUUGUUUGACUGAUGGAGGAUAAUAUCCAUUUUCAAUGUUUAUUAUUAUUAUUAUAUAAACAAAAUAAAAAUAGCAUGUUAUCUUCAUUUGUGAAAAGAUCACCAUUGCUAUGGCCAUGUAAUAAAUCACAACUUUAGCAGAAAAAAAUUAAAGUGAAAUGGUUUGUUAUUUCAUUUAAUAGUGUUUAUAUUAAAAAUAUUUCACUAGAAGAGAAAUUUUGUAUCUCUGCGCGGCCAUGUUAUAUCCUCUAUUUAUUUGUUUUAAUAUCUGAACAGCUUGUAGAGGCCAUUGUUUUGCCCAUGACACACAAAGAAAGAUUUGAGAACCUUGGAAUUGCACCACCUAAAGGUAAUGUAUGUUGUUAAACAUGAUCAAAACCUGCCAUUUAUUUGUCACCACUCUCAGAAUCAGUUUUGAAGCUGGCACAUGUAUAGAAAACUUGGUUUGCACCAGGAGGGUUACAGAUUUGAUUCAUAGUGCGACCCUAAAUGUUCGCAAUAAAGCAUCUAUAAAGUAAUAUUGUUAUUGCUGUUUCAAGGAUUUUUUUUGUAUUCCUUUUGACUUAUUGUUGCCCCUCCACUAUCUUUACUUAACUGAAUAAGCUCUUUCUGUCUGGGAAUGGUGCCAACUUUGCUUUGCGAAAUAACCUAACUCUUUUGGCAUCCAACACUGCUUACCCAAGGGCCGUGUAUUAUUAAAAACACAUGCCACUUGAUUAUAUCAAUAGCAUUCACUAUUCUGUUAAUGUUAUUGACUCUGGCCAUUAUUCUAAAUACCUAACAUUAACUUUUAUUCAGGUGUAUUAUUGUAUGGACCUCCUGGCACAGGCAAAACGUUAAUGGCAAGAGCGUGUGCAGCACAGACAAAGGUAUAAACUGCUAAAGCAUCUGGAUUGGGCUACUUCUACAUUGUCUUUUAACCAUUUGAAACAUGUACAAAGUAUGAAAAGUAUGUUAUUUGCAUGUAUAUUGAGGUUUUGAUAACUUUCUAAAUUUUUUAUCAUUGUUAAUUUCUUUGUAGUCUACCUUUCUCAAACUUGCUGGUCCUCAACUUGUUCAGGUAAGAUCUUAACUUACAGAAUGUAUAGGUUGUUCUUAACCUUUGUGAUAAAAAAUAUUAUUCCAAUUAAUUUUGUGUGGUAGGUUAAGUAAUAAAAACUAAAUAAAAAUUAAUAAAUAAAAAGAUUAGUGAAGAAACAAAUGCAAAUGACUGGUAAAAGAUCUUAAUUGUUUUUGCAGAUGUUUAUAGGUGAUGGUGCCAAGCUUGUAAGGGAUGCAUUUGCUCUUGCUAAAGAGAAAGCUCCCGCCAUUAUCUUCAUUGAUGAACUGGAUGCUAUUGGAACAAAGGUAAGCUUUAGAACAUCUCUUUAUUUUUGUUUACAAUUUUUGCAGUUUAUCUGCCAUGUUAAGAAUCUUCAAAGCCAAUUCUGAUUGUUUGAAACUAGGAAUGUGAACGUGCUGAUUCUUUGAUUGUCUUUAUAGAGAUUUGACAGUGAAAAGGCUGGAGACAGAGAGGUAAUAGAAAAUUAAUAAUGGUAAUAAGACUGAGUGGAGUCCAAUUCAGUCUGUAAAUCAUACGAGUGAUUAACAAAAUCUGACGACUACAUAGCAGGAGUCUGAUUUGUUUAAUCACGAGUAUGAUUACAGACCAAAUUGGACGACACGAAGUUCUGUUAGUAAUUAAUCAUAACUACUUAACAACAAAAUUUGUGAGAUUUGAUCCUUUUUUAAAAUUAAAACACAAGAAAUUAGCCAUUUAAGUACACGCGCUCAGUGGUGCAUACUGUCCAAUUACUUAGGCAUGACAUGUACUGUCCUAUUACACUGACUUAUCAGCGCUGAAAUCGGGACAGUUGAUAGCCAAUCAGAUUU